CCUCCCCUCCUCCACACGCCUCACCCUGCCCCGCAGGACCCCCGCGCCACCGGUGCCCCCCUCGGUUGUGGGGGUCCCACCUGCCGCCCCCGGGCCCAGUGCAACCGUUCUGCGCACGCCCCGCCCCUGCCAGCCGCCGCGUCCACCACGGGGAAUGAGGCCAGUUACCCGGAGGAGAUGUGCUCCAGCUUUGACCAAGAUGAGAUCAAAAGGCUGAGCAAGAGGUUUAAGAAGCUGGCCUUGGGCGGCUCCGCGCUGAGCGUGAAGGAGUCCGUGCGCCUGCCUGAGCUGCAGCAGAGCCCGCUGGUGCAGCGAGGGUUCGGCAUCUUCGACACGGACAGCCCCGGCGAGGUGGACUUCAAGGAGUUCAUCCUGGGGACCUCCCAGUUCAGCGUCAAGGGGGAUGAGGAGCAGAAGCUGAGGUUUGCUUUUAGCGUCCACGACAUGGAUAAGGACGGCUUCAUCUCCAACGGCGAGCUCUUCCCGGUGCUGAAAAUGAUGGUCGGGGACAAUCUGCAGGACUGGCAGUCACAGCAGAUGGCGGACAGAUCCGUCAUCACCCUGGACACCGACGGCGACGGGAAAAUCUCCUUCGAGGAAUUCAGUGCCGUGGUGGGAGGCCUGGGGAUCCACAAGAAGCUGGUGGUAAUCGUUUGAGCUGUUUUAAGAGCACCGCCCAGCAGUGACUGGACUUUGUUCUCUCUCUCU